AUCGCUCACCAUCAGACAGCGGGAGUCACCGGCGGAGAGCACACCGAGCCAGACGCUGCACGAGUUAGGAGACAAACGCUGCCUUCAGGAGCGUUACUUUCACAACGACAUGGGAGAUCGACUGGCUUUCCUGCUGCUCGCUGUUGUGGCCUCGGCCAUGGCUCUGGAGGUUCCUGCCGACGUUUCCAUGGGUCUGCUGGCCGAGCCCCAGGUGGCGAUGUUUUGCGGUAAACUCAACAUGCACAUCAAUGUGCAGAGCGGUAAGUGGGAGCCCGACCCCUCCGGCAGGAAGAGCUGCAUCGGUACCAAAGAGGGCAUCCUGGAAUACUGCCAGGAGGUGUAUCCAGAACUCCAGAUCACCAACGUGGUGGAAGCCAACCAGCCAGUCAGCAUCCAGAACUGGUGCAAGAAGGGACGCAACCAGUGCCGCAGCCAUGUGCACAUAGUGGUGCCCUAUCGCUGCCUGGUGGGAGAAUUUGUGAGCGACGCUCUGCUGGUUCCUGACAAGUGCAAAUUCCUCCACCAGGAGCGGAUGGAUAAAUGCGAGAGCCACCUGCACUGGCACACCGUAGCCAAGGAGAACUGUGGGGACCGCACCAUGAAUCUCCAUGACUAUGGGAUGCUGCUGCCCUGUGGGAUCGACCGCUUCAGAGGAGUGGAGUUUGUCUGCUGCCCCAGCGAGGCGGAGAGGGGCGCGGACAGCGUAGAGCAGGACGCCGACGAUUCUGACGUCUGGUGGGGCGGAGUGGAGACAGAUUACGCCGACAACAGCAUGGUGCGGGAGCCGGAGCCAGCAGAGCAGCAAGAGGAAACCAAACCAUCUGUGGUGGAGGAGGACGAGGACGAGCCGGAGGAGGAGGGUGACGACGAUGAAGAGGAGGAGGAGGAGGAGGAGGAUGAUCAGUUGGACAACGACCAGGACGGAGACGGAGAGGAGGACGAGGAGGCGGUGGACGAGGAGGACGACGACGACAUCAUCGACACGCUUGACGACAGCGACGAGCCCACCACUAACGUCGCCAUGACAACCACCACCACCACAACCACGGAGUCUGUGGAGGAAGUUGUCAAAGAUGUGUGCUGGGCCAAUGCUGAGACUGGCCCAUGCCGGGCCAUGCUGCCCCGCUGGUACUUUGACCGCCAGGAGGGCCGCUGUGUUCAGUUUAUCUACGGCGGCUGCGGAGGCAACAGGAAUAACUUUGAUUCAGAGGAGUACUGCCUGGCUGUCUGCAGCAGCGUCAUUCCCACGGCAAAGCCCAGCUCCCCCAACGCGGUGGACCGCUACCUAGAGACGCCCGCCGACGAGAACGAGCACGCCCACUUCCAGAAAGCAAAGGAGAGUCUGGAAGCGAAGCACCGCGAGAGGAUGUCCCAGGUGAUGAGGGAGUGGGAGGAGGCCGAGAGGGAAGCCAAGAAUCUUCCACGUGCCGACAAGAAAGCUGUGAUUCAUCGUUUCCAAGUGAAGGUGGAGGAUCUGGAGCAGGAGGCGGCCAGCGAGCGCCAGCAGCUGGUGGAGACCCACAUGGCCCGGGUGGAGGCUCUGCUCAACGACCGGCGCCGCCUGGCAUUGGAGAGCUACCUGACAGCUCUGCAGCAGGACCCGCCCAGGCCCCGUCACGUCUUCAGCCUGCUGAAGAAGUACGUCCGCGCCGAGCAGAAGGACAGGCAGCACACCCUCAAACACUUUGAACACGUCCGCAUAGUGGACCCCAAAAAGGCUGCUCAGAUCAGACCUCAGGUUCUUACUCAUCUGCGUGUUAUUGAGGAACGUAUGAACCAGUCUCUGGGCCUUCUCUACAAAGUCCCUGGCGUUGCCGACGACAUCCAAGACCAAGUUGAGCUCCUGCAGAGGGAGCAGGCCGAUAUGGCCCAGCAGCUGGCCUACCUGCAGACCGACACCAGGGUGAGCUACGGGAACGACGCUCUGAUGCCCGACCAGGAAUUCGGAGACGGACAGACCGACCCGGUGCCCAAGGAGGACGCCCUGGGAGGAGUCGGCUUCAUCCACCCCGAGAGCUUCAACCAGCAGAACACAGAGAACAAGGCGAUCAGAGUCGAGAUGGACGCCGUCCCCGAGAUGCGGAUGGAGACCGAGGACAGACAGAGCGCUGAAUAUGAAGUCCACCACCAGAAACUGGUCUUCUUCGCCGAGGACGUCGGCUCCAACAAGGGCGCCAUCAUCGGGCUCAUGGUGGGAGGCGUGGUCAUAGCAACGGUGAUCGUCAUCACCCUGGUGAUGCUGAGGAAGAAGCAGUACACUUCCAUCCACCACGGAGUCAUUGAGGUGGAUGCUGCCGUCACCCCCGAGGAGCGCCACCUGUCCAAGAUGCAGCAGAACGGCUACGAAAACCCCACCUACAAGUUCUUUGAGCAGAUGCAGAACUGAGGCCACAAAAAAAAACACACACACACACACACACACGCUCAUAAACACACCAUCACCUCCCACCGCCUCUCCUCCUGUUUCAAACCCACUUCCUUCACUUUAUUGCAGCAAGACGCCUUUUUCUCUUUCUUUUUUUUUGUUUAAUUAAAUUAAAUUGUAGAAGUUGCUGCGUCUUGGCUGUAAACGGGGGGGAAUAAAAAAAAAAGAAGAAAAAAAGCACACUUUCUCCGUUUAGUUUCGGGGCGGCACAUCUCUAAAAACAGAACGGUUUCCUUUCUCCUCCCUCCAUCCUCCCCUCCCUCCACGCAACAGCUGGGCUGUGUGAAGCCGCUCCGAAGGGACAACAUGGCGACCACGUUGACGACGGCUGUAGUAAAUGUUGGAGCUGUUUUUACUUUGUCGUUUCCACUUUUCUUUUUCUGAAAAAAAGAUUGAAAACGGUAAAAAAAAAAAAAAACUGAUAUAAAGUCAUUUUUUUUAAAAAUUGCGUGUAAUGUUGCUGAAGUAAUAAUGCUGAAGUCUUAGCUGUUUAUGUAGUGUGCAUGACAACAGGAUUUGGAGUAAGGAAAAAAAAAAAAAAACGAAACAAAA